UUUAAAACACGUAUUUCUUUAAAAGAAUAUCAACAUUUUGAUAACGUUCCUCACAGGCGCUCCUCUUACUUUUAUUUUGAAAAUAUUUGGCACCUUAGAAUGUACUAAUUGUGGCUUCACGUAUCAGGAACUGAAAGCCGAAACAUUAGGGUUCAAGCACUCGCGUACAUUCAAAUUGAGAUUUGAUUAAUCUUUAGUGUUGACAGAAUGGAGGUUCGCUUUACGCGAGGCAAAUCUGCCAUCCUGGAGCGCUCGCUCACGCGUCCCAAGACCGAGGUGAGCGUGAGCGCGUUUGCGUUGCUGUUCUCCGAGAUGGUGCAGUACUGCCAGAGCCGCGUGUAUUCGGUGUCUGAGCUCCAGGCCCGGCUGGCUGACAUGGGUCAGGGUGUUGGAGCAAGUCUCCUGGAUGUUCUUGUGUUGAGAGAGAAAAAUGGAAAAAGAGAGACCAAAGUGUUAAACAUACUUCUCUUUAUUAAGGUAAAUGUAUGGAAAUCAUUGUUUGGCAAGGAAGCUGACAAGUUGGAACAAGCCAAUGAUGAUGACAAAACGUACUACAUCAUUGAAAAGGAACCACUAAUAAAUGCCUACAUAUCAGUACCAAAAGAGAACAGCACUUUAAACUGUGCAGCCUUUACGGGUGGCAUCGUAGAAGCUAUUUUAACCCACAGUGGCUUCCCAGCAAAAGUUACUGUUCACUGGCAUAAGGGGACCACACUUAUGAUCAAGUUUGAUGAGGCAGUCAUUGCUCGUGAUAAAGCUCUUGAUGGCAGGUAGAACAUUGACUGCAGUCUGGUUCUAAGUUACGAGUGUUACAUUACUGCGUUUUAUUGUAAAUGAUUGUUUGUUUUUCAUAUACAUUUACAUCUUUACUGAGUCCUCCCCUGCUCUAAUAACAAGAUUAAUGAGUCACAAAUUACAGACUUUAUUGUACUGAUAUUAUACAGCAAAAGUUGUUAUAAAAGACCUGCAUGAACAUCAUCAUUGUUGGAUGUUUUUUUUUGUCAAAGUAACCAAAUGUAUAAAUCUGCCUCACAUUUUUAAAGGGAAAGUUCACUCAAAAGAAGAAAACUAUUAUUUACUCGCCCUCAUGUCGUUUGAACAACAAAUAUCUUUUGUUUUUCUUCCAAACAUCGUUUUUUAAGUGUUCUUUAGGGUUUUUUGGUUACUGAGGUGAAUGGUGGUGACCUCCUCGGUUCCACUCCCAUAGUAACCAUAAAACCCUUCAAGCUUCAAAAUGACCCAAAAGUCUUAAAUAAAUAACUCCCCUGGACUGUGUCAUAUAUUAUAAAUGCACUGAAUGCAUUUACUCCUUUACUUUCUUGUUGUGCAUAUCAGUGUUGUUUCAGUUAUUACAAAUUAUUUAAGGGUAAGCAUCCUUAAAAAAACAGUUCAAGCUAAGAAAAUAUGUACUAAAGAGAGACAACACUUACAGAACAAAGAAUAACAUUGGGAUUAAAAUGACAUGAUGGUGAGUAAGUAAUGUUGACAAAAUUAUUGGGUGAACUAGUAUGAGCUGCUGGAACUUACAAAAAAUUUAAAAUAAUAUAAAAACCAGUGGUAAAAACAUGUCAUAACUUUAUAUACAUUUUUUACAGUUUGCUAUCUACACAUUAAUGAAGUUAGCAGCUUUUAUACUAUUAUUAUGUUUCUAUCUAAAUGAAGUCAGCAAGCUGCAUUCACAUUGUGUGGAAAUAGUGGAAUUGUGCUAACAAUGUAUAUAUGGUAAAAGAAAAUAAAUUUAUCUGUGGCAGUGUCUACUGAAAACUAGGAGAAUAAAAUCUGUUGUAUCAGAAAACCUAGCAGCCCACAACUGAGAUUGUUUUUUAGAAAACAAUGAGAAAACACUCAAGAAAGUAUCACGGUAACGCUGGUUUUUGACAAAAUAUACACUACAGUUUUAUUUAGGCUACCAUCAUUAAAUUAAGUGGUAUUUGGUAGAAACUGGUUACAUGCAACAUAUGCUAUUGUAGUCAUAGUCAUAAGUAUAAUUAUGACAUUAUGUUGUGACUGUAACACUUGCACCAGCUUUCCUGUAAAUGUGUUUAAUUACUCGUAAAAACAUCAUGUGUUUUCCUUAUGAGGCAUAAAUUUAACCUCUGUGCACAUUUCAUAAAUGAAUAAAUGUAUAUAAACCUUU